AUAUACCACGCCUCACCGCGCGCACCUCCUCCUCCUCCUCUGCACUCCACCAUCAAACGCCGCCACAAAUCCCAUUCCACUCCACCACUCAUCACUAGCUCUCGGCGCCAUGGAUCCGAGGGCGGCGGCUUCCGUCCUGGCGCUCUUCGUGGCGGCGGCGAUGUCGCCGGCGGUCGUCGUCGUCGGGGACUUCGCGGCGGACCGGGCCGAGUGCUCGGACAAGCUGGUGGGUCUGGCGACGUGCCUGACGUACGUGCAGGACGAGGCGUCGGCGCCGACGCCGGACUGCUGCGCGGGGCUCAAGACGGUGCUGCAGAGCAGCCGCAAGUGCCUGUGCGUGCUCGUCAAGGACAAGGACGACCCCAACCUGGGGCUCAAGCUCAACGUCACCAAGGCGCUCGGCCUCCCCGCCGUCUGCAACGCACCCGCCAACAUCUCCGACUGCCCCAGGCUGCUGAACCUGGCGCCCAACUCCAAGGAGGCGCAGGUGUUCGAGCAGUACGCCAAGCAGGCGGCGGCACAGGGCACCACUCCGAGCGCCACUGGUGGCGGCAGCGCGGCCACCGCGGCCGGCGCGCAGAAGAGCGGAGCUGCCGGUCAUCACGCGGGGCGGUGGUUGGGAGUGGGAACGGUCGGUGACGGCGGCGCACGCGCGGUGGUGCUCGCCCUCCUCGCCGCGGCCGCUCCACUCGCCGCGCCUUUUCUGAUCCUUCUGCUGGGAUAGACGACGCCACGAUGAACACGAACGGCGGCGGGCGGCGUCGUUGCUGGUCGGCUUGUGCGGUCUGAUCGUAACCUGACGAUGGUUGUGCGCGUGCUGUGUUGCUGUGACACUGAGUUUCUUGUGGAAAGAAAGUGAGAUUCAAUGGAAAAGGAGAUGAUGUACCAUUGGCAAGUUACUUUCAUUUUUAUUUCCUCGAACGAAAACCGUUUGCAGUUGCAAUAUGCUAUCGCACUUACACUA